AUGAGUGACCAUCCUACUGCCAUGAGUGACCACCACGAGGAAGAAAUUACUCCAUACCCAGGUGAAAGACCAAAAAAACCAAUUCCUCUUCAGGAUCAGACUGUCAGAGACGAAAAAGGAAGGUAUAAACGGUUUCAUGGCGCCUUUAGCGGAGGUUUUUCUGCUGGGUACUUCAACACUGUUGGCUCGAAAGAAGGAUGGACACCCUCUUCCUUCGUGUCUUCACGACAGAACAGAGCAGACAAAUCUGUUCUUGGUCCCGAAGACUUCAUGGAUGAAGAGGAUCUUAGUGAAUUUGGGAUAGCACCUAAAGCAAUUGUCACCACGGAUGAUUUUGCUUCCAAAACCAAAGAUAGAAUACGAGAAAAGGCCAGGCAGUUAGCAGCUGCUACUGCCCCCAUUCCUGGAGCUACUCUGCUUGAUGACCUCAUAACACCAGCAAAAUUAUCUAUUGGUUUUGAAUUGCUAAGAAAAAUGGGCUGGAAGGAAGGACAAGGAAUUGGCCCUCGAGUAAAGAGAAGACCUCGCCGACAAAAGCCUGAUCCUGGAGUAAAAAUCUAUGGCUGUGCGUUACCCCCUGGAGGCUCUGAAGGAUCCGAGGAUGAAGAUGAUGACUAUGUGCCUGAAAAUGUGACCUUUGCACCCAAAGACAUCACACCUGUGGAUUUCACACCUAAAGAUAACGUGCAUGGACUGGCUUACAAGGGCCUGGAUCCCCACCAAGCAUUGUUUGGAACUGCGGGAGAACAUUUUAAUCUUUUCAGUGGGGGACCUGAGGGAGCCAGCAAUCUCCUUGGAGAGAUUGGGGUGAAUAAAGGAAGGAAAUUGGGAAUUUCAGGCCAGGCUUUUGGUGUUGGUGCCCUGGAAGAGGAAGAUGAUGACAUCUAUGCCACAGAAACUUUAUCCAAAUAUGACACCAUUUUGAAGGAUGAGGAGCCUGGAGAUGGACUCUACGGCUGGACAGCACCCAGGCAGUAUAAAAGUCAGAAAGAAUCAGAGAAAGAUCUUCGAUACAUUGGCAAAAUUUUGGAUGGAUUUUCCUUGGCUUCUAAACCCUUAUCGUCUAAAAAAACCUACCCACCGCCUGAAUUGCCGAGAGACUAUCGACCGGUGCAUUAUUUCAGACCUGUGGUAGCUGCAACCUCAGAGAACACCCACUUAGUCCAGGUAUUGUCAGAGUCAGCUGGGAAGCCAAUGCCUGACCCAGGGACACACAGUAGGCACCAGCUGAAUGCCUCCAAGCGGGCGGAGUUGCUGGGAGAAACUCCCAUUCAAGGUUCAUCUACUUCAGUGUUAGAGUUUCUGUCCCAAAAAGAUAAAGAGAGAAUCAAAGAAAUGAAGCAGGCAACUGACCUUAAAGCAGCUCAACUCAAGGCCAGGAGUCUGGCCCAGAAGGCCUCAAGCAGCAGACCCCAGCCUUCCUCUCCGGACGUGGGGACCUGCUCGUGGCACAUGGCAUUGAGUGGUGGGACAGCUGCCACGAGAGCCAGCAACUUCAAACCUUUCGCAAAAGAUCCAGAAAAGCAAAAACGAUACGAAGAGUUUUUAGUACAUAUGAAACGGGGUCAGAAAGAUGCCCUGGAACGUUGUCUGGACCCCAGUAUGACAGAAUGGGAGCGAGUCCGCGAGCGGGAUGAGUUUGCUCGGGCAGCCCUGCUGUAUGUGUCUUCCCAUUCGACCUUGUCCUCCAGGUUCACACAUGCCAAGGAGGAGGACGAUUCAGAUCAAGUGGAAGUCCCUCGAGACCAAGAGAAUGAUGUCAAUGACAAGCAGUCGGCUGUGAGGAUGAAGAUGUUUGGGAAGCUUACCCGAGACACAUUUGAGUGGCAUCCUGACAAGCUGCUGUGUAAGAGGUUUAAUGUCCCUGACCCUUAUCCAGAUUCAACUUUGGUUGGCUUACCAAGAGUGAAACGUGACAAAUACUCAGUCUUCAACUUUCUGACACUCCCAGAGACUGCUUCCUCACCUGCAUCUCAAGCAGCGAGUGAAAAAGGGCCACAACACCAAGGUCCUGACAAAUCACGAAAACCAUCGCGAUGGGAUACAUCUAAACAAGAAAAGAAAGAAGAUUCCAUUAGUGAAUUUUUAAGUUUGGCUAGAUCAAAAGUUGGCCCACCUACACAAGAGUCCAGCCCUUUAGUCAUCAAAGAGGAAGAACAUGUGACGGAGUCACUCUCCGAUAAGGUAUCUGUGGCUUCCAGGUGCCUCGUGCGACUGAAUUCCCAGCUCAAAUGUCCCCGAGGUUGGAGGUCAGCUAGCGAGCCGGUAGCCCAGGAGCCCGCACCUUCCUUUCCGAUACAAAAGAUGCAGAUAGAUGAAAGAGAAGCGUUCGGCCCACGGCUGCCUCCCGUCUUCUGCCCCAAUGUUCGUCAGAAACUCGAGGCACCUCAGAAAGAGAAACAUAAAAAAAACAAAGAAAAACGUAAGACCAAGAAAGAGCACAGACGGAGGAAAGAGAAGAAGAAGAAACACCGGAAGCACAAACACAAAGGCAAGCAAAAGAAUAAAAAACCAGAGAAGAGCAGUAGUUCUGAGAGCACAGACAGCAGCGACAGCCCGAGUGGUGAAGAAGGGACUGUAGACCUGUCACCCCAGGAACUGCUGAGAAGGCUGAAAAGUCUUCCACUAAGGCGGCAGUAA